AUGGUCACUGGUAGUUACAUGGAUACGAGAUCAAACAUGACGAGUGUGAAUCGAGGAUCCAAUGUGGAUCUCGAGGAUCGAUUCCAGAGGGAGCUCGAAUCUCUGCUGCAACAGCACCGUAACCGGCAAACAUUCGGCCGAGAACGAGAACGCGAAAGAGACGUCGUCGAUGUGCACAGAAGCGGCAGCGCGCCGCCGACGGUGGAAGGUUUGUUGAGAGCCAUGGAUAAUCAGUACUUGAACAACUCCGAUUACAGAGAUAUCGGCAAUAUCAGCAGUAGCAGCACUAGCAACGGCGUCGAGCUUUUAUCCGACGACGAGCUGCGCUGGCACCCUGCGUAUCUCUCGUAUUACUAUUCGAACGAGCACUCGAAUCCGAGGCUGCCUCCUCCAUUGUUGUCUAGAGAGGAUUGGAGGAUCGCUCAGAGGUUUCACAACAGUGACUCUGUGUUUGAUCCCGUUGGGGAUUGGAGGAAGAAAGUCGCUGAAGUCGAUAACUCCUCGUCGCUCUUCUCCGUUCAGCCAGGUGUUCCCGUUGAGCAGGCGGAGAAUGAUUUGACGGAACUAAGGAACGCUGUAGCUCAGGGACGCUCUCAGAAGACUAAUCACGGCAGAGAUGAGCUUAGUGGAUAUUCCGGGCUUGGACCGAGAAGGAAGAGUUUCGCCGAUAUUCUUCAGGAAGGACUUGACCGGGACGCAGCUUUAUGCAGCCAGCUCUCUCGUCCUGCAAGCUGCAACACGUUCCGUGACAUGAACGAUCCUGCUGGUUUAUCGAAUUUCAGUGCGGGUGGAUUCGACACUCCGUUAGCGUUCCAUGAAUCGUUACAUUCUGCUGGACAAAACGGUUCAAAUACUAUGCUUGGAUCCACCAUGAGUUCUCCAGUGCCGAGGAAUAGAACUCCUGACUCUCAUCUGGUAGGGAGAUCUCCGGCCUCUGGUCUGCCUCCUAUUGGUACCAGAGUCGCUCCUGUCGAGAAGAAGAAUAAUUUUGGUGAAUCUUACACUGCUGCUGAUGUUGCUGACACGCUGGCGAGGUUGAACAUGGCGGAGAUGAGUCAUGUGAAAGAUAACCAUAUGCAGUCGCAGCUUCAGGUGGAGUUGGAGAAUCAGUCUGAUGUGAUGCGUUACAUUCCCAACGGCCAUAAGAAGGUUUUGCGGCAACAGAAUAUUGGUACGGCAGAGUCAAAUGAUCACUUGUUUUCUGCAAAUUAUGGUGGGAGUAUGAGUGGGUAUGGAACAAGCCUUGGUGCUUCUACGGUUGGUUCUCAUGGACAGGUCAACAUCCCUAAACGAACCUCCUCUUCAGCGAGUCUUUACUCUCCUUCAGACCGCUCUAGAUUGGGAGGCCUCGGUUUAUCUGAUGUCAAUAUACAGAAUGCAAAUAUCAGUGGAACGGACUUCUCCUCCACAGCUGGUGGUUAUUUGGUGAAUAACAAGUUGAAUUCAUUAGCUGAGCACUAUUCCGCUGAAGGCUCGCAUUUGAAUGGAGAAGGGGAUAGAAAAAACUUGAGUAGAUUGAUAAAUCAAGUUGCCUCUGAGCUUCACUCUCCAGUUAUGGACCCACAUUACAGCCAGUAUCUGCAAACGGCAUCGGCUACUGGUGCGCCAAGUGACCAUUCUCUUCGUAGAAACAAUUUCGGGGCUUCGAACGGAGAUACAGCUAAUGACUACCUCGCGAUGUUACUUGCUCAGAACAGGCAACAGCUGGGUAACCUCAGUGCUGCUAAUGCCAGAUUGUUUGAGAAUCCUUCAUAUGAUCUUGGCAGCAUGUAUCUAGGAAACCAUUUGCCUUCUCCUUCCAAGAAUUCAAGAAAUCUCCAGAACAUGCGAAUGUCACAAUCUCCUUCGAUGAUGAAAGUUCCUUUUGGAGGAUUACAGGGAUCAUCUCAUGUAGAUAUUGGCAGCACGACAGAAACAUCCUUACUGGAGGGGUUCAAGAACAACAAGACAAGGUCUUGGGAGCUUUCAGAAAUAGUUGGCCAUGUGAUUGAGUUCAGCAUGGAUCAGUACGGAAGUCGUUUCAUUCAGCAAAAACUUGAGACUGCAACGGAUGAGGAGAAGAAUGCAAUAUUCCCCGAGAUACUUCCUUUUGGUCGCACUCUAAUGACAGAUGUCUUUGGAAAUUAUGUCAUUCAAAAGUUUUUUGAGCAUGGUACAAACAAACAGAGAAAAGAACUCGCUGAACAGGUUACGGGCCACGUUUUGGCUCUCUCUCUACAAAUGUAUGGCUGCAGGGUUAUCCAAAAGGCGUUAGAGGUGGUUGAUUUGGAGCAGCAAGCUCGAAUGGUGAAAGAGCUUGAUGGGUCUGUCAUGAAAUGUGUUCAUGAUCAGAACGGUAAUCACGUGAUCCAGAAGUGUAUAGAGCGUCUUCCUCAGGAUUGGAUACAGUUCAUUAUUUCCUCAUUUUACGGGAAAGUCUUAGCUCUUUCAACACACCCUUAUGGAUGCCGUGUAAUCCAGAGGGUACUGGAGCAUAUUGAGGACACAGAGACCCAACGGAUCAUUAUGGAGGAAAUUAUGCAUUCUGUGUGCGCUCUAGCUCAAGAUCAGUACGGAAAUUAUGUAAUUCAGCAUAUCAUACAACAUGGUAAACCUCAUGAACGGUCAGAAAUCAUCAAUAAGCUUGCUGGACAGAUUGUGAAGAUGAGUCAACAAAAGUUUGCUUCUAAUGUUGUCGAAAAGUGCUUAACAUUUGGCGGUCCAGAGGAACGUCAGGUUCUAGUGAAUGAGAUGCUUGGUUAUACUGAUGAAAACGAGCCUCUUCAGGCGAUGAUGAAAGAUCCAUUCGGGAACUACGUAGUGCAAAAGGUUCUUGAGACAUGCGAUGAUCAAAGUCUUGCUCUCAUCCUCUCUCGCAUCAAAGUCCACUUGAACGCAUUGAAGAGAUACACUUAUGGGAAACACAUCGUUGCCCGGGUUGAGAAACUUGUCACCACCGGAGAGAGAAGAAUCGGGCUCUCGUCGUCUCUAACUGCAAAUGCUACUUCUUAA